CGUGACAGAAGUCAAAACGGACAUCUACGUGACCAGCUUCGGGCCCGUGUCCGACGUGGAGAUGGAAUACACAAUGGAUGUCUUCUUUCGCCAGACAUGGACUGAUGAGAGGUUGAAGUUUAGUGGGCCAACUGAAAUUUUGAGAUUGAACAAUUUAAUGGUCAGUAAAAUUUGGACACCAGACACAUUUUUUAGAAACGGAAAAAAAUCAAUUGCUCAUAAUAUGACAACUCCUAACAAACUUUUCAGAAUUAUGCAGAAUGGAACUAUUCUUUACACAAUGAGACUGACCAUUAAUGCGGAUUGUCCUAUGCGGUUGGUGAACUUCCCUAUGGAUGGACAUGCUUGUCCACUGAAGUUCGGAAGCUAUGCUUAUCCAAAAAGUGAAAUAAUUUAUACUUGGAAAAAAGGACCCCUGCAUUCAGUAGAAGUACCACAGGAGUCUUCCAGCCUUCUCCAGUAUGACCUCAUAGGACAAACUGUGUCUAGUGAAACAAUUAAAUCUAACACAGGUGAAUAUGUAAUCAUGACAGUCUAUUUCCACUUGCAAAGGAAGAUGGGCUACUUCAUGAUACAGAUAUACACCCCAUGCAUUAUGACAGUCAUUCUUUCUCAGGUGUCUUUCUGGAUUAACAAGGAGUCUGUUCCAGCCAGAACAGUUUUUGGAAUCACUACAGUUCUAACAAUGACCACUUUGAGCAUCAGCGCACGCCAUUCCUUGCCCAAGGUGUCCUAUGCUACCGCCAUGGAUUGGUUCAUAGCUGUGUGCUUUGCCUUUGUCUUCUCUGCACUUAUUGAGUUUGCAGCUGUCAACUACUUUACCAAUCUUCAGACUCAGAGAGCGAUGAGGAAGGCAGCCAGGGCAGCAGCACUGGCAGCAGCACUAUCAGCAGCAACUGUACCGGCAGAGGACGAAAUUGUCUCGCAUUCUGACUCCAACUGUAACUUGAAGAAGCGAGUAAACUCCAUAGCAUCUCAGGCAGACCAGUCUCCUGAAGCCAGCAUAAUAUCAAACAGUGGAUCCCAGUGUCAAACAGUGUCUGUUCCUCCACCAGCCCCACCACCACAACCACCGCCUAUUGGAGGAGCAAGUAAAAUAGACCAGUAUUCUAGGAUCCUCUUCCCAGUGGCAUUUGCAGGAUUCAACCUGGUAUACUGGGUGGUUUAUCUUUCCAAAGACACUAUGGAAUUUUUUGAACCUUCUGCAAUGCAUUUUCGAAAUGACCCUCAGCCCAACUGAAGAACAGCUCAAGAUUUCAAGGAAAUCAUUCAAGGUCACAUAGGGUUGAAGAGAUUUCAAAGAA